CUCGUGAUUUUGUGAAAUUAUUAGACUCGAAAAUAAAAAUCGCCGCAAUGCUUCAGUCUAAACAAAGACUUUCGGCCAGACGGGAUAUCCGAGACUUCCUGACCUGGUUUCGCCGGAAAUCCGAAACUUCCGAAAC